CUUUUAUUAACUUGUGACACUUGUUUUGCUUUAUAUCUUAAAAAGAUACUAAAAAAAAGUUUAUGAUAAAUGCCUUUAUUAUAGAAUUGUUAUAUAGGUAAAAUUAAAUUUUGAUGCAUUUAAAGAUAUAAUGGCAUUUAACGGAUUUGUCAAAAUAAUAAAUAUACUUGUUUUUGGCCUACGUCAAGUGCAACUUCAAACAUACUCAACAAGCACUAUAUAUUCUACAACAACUGCAGAUAUGUGUACACUCCAAGACUGUGAUCAGAUAUGUGAGUUAGUUUCAGGUAAAGCUAAAUGCCAUUGCAUAAUUGGAAAGUUGCAAGCAGAUAACAAGACAUGCACAGAAGAUUUAAGUGGUCCAUGCUCAAUUAAUCGUGGCGGAUGUGAUCAAAUAUGUAAAGAAAAUUUAGGCAAAGUGGAAUGCUCUUGCAUUUUUGGAAAGCUACAGCCAGAUGGCAAGACAUGUAAACAAUAUUACAAUCCAUGCCUAACCAAAGGAUGUGAUCAACUAUGUAAAGUUUCUUUGAACAAAGCAGAAUGUUCUUGCAUUUACGGAAAGCUGCAACCAAAUGGCAAGACAUGUAAGGAAGAGAUUAGCAAUCCAUGCUUAAUCAAUCAUGGUGGAUGUCAUCAAAUAUGUAAAAGAGAAUCGGACAAAGCGGUAUGUUCUUGCUAUUCUGGAGUGCUUCAACCUGAUGGCAAAACAUGUAAAGAAAAUCCAUGCUUAUUUAACGGCGGUUGUGAACACAUAUGCAGAGUAAUCUCAGGAAAAGCAGUAUGCUCAUGCCUUUCAGGAAUAUUGGAGCCAAAUAAUAAGACAUGUAGAAAUUUUUUUGAAGAUCCAUGUAUAUUCAAUGGUGGCUGUGAAGAAAAAUGUGUAAACAUUUUAGGUAGAGCUGUAUGUUCAUGCUUUGCAGGAAAUUUGAAUUUAGAUAGAAGAACAUGUACAAAAGAUCCCUGUGCAUUUAAUGGUGGUUGUAGUCAAAAAUGUAGUGUUGUUUUUGGUAAAGCGGUAUGCUCAUGUUACAAUGGGAGUUUAAAUUCAGAUGGCAAAACAUGUGAUAAAGGCAUAUUUCAUAGUAAUGGAAAUAUUUGGAUUGGUGUUGUUAUUUGUUGCUUUCUUGUUAUAACUUGUUAUUUAAUAUAUUACCAACGCAAAUCAAAAAUAAAGAGAACUUCUGCACAAGCGUCAAGCGAAAUGCAACGUCCCAGUACUGAUGUAGUUGCUCUACAUUUUUUCGAAACACAGAAUUCAGAUGUUGAACAGCCUGCUACGAAUUGCCAUGGUAAUUUAAAUGAGGAUUUGGGAGUAAUUACCAUUGUUAAUUCUAACAAGUCCCCUCCCUCGUAUAAUUUAGUAGACCUACAUCCACCGCCUUCAUACGAAUCUACUCAGUUUUUAAACUUAUUAAAUGUUAUUUCAAGCGAUGACCCUCCGCCUAUGUACUCUGAAUAAGAUUCUUAUUAAAAAUUGAACAAAGUUUUAUACAAAAGAACAACUUUAUUUUUCUAAAUUUUUUAAAAUGUACAGGCUCAAUAAUAAAAAAAAUAUGUCGCAUUUAAACGUUUAAUUAAUCACUUUGACGUUGUCUCUUUAACUGAUAAAUAAACAUAGUCAAAUUUUUAAAAAGUAAUGAUCUAUAAAUUGCUGAUUUAGCAAGAUUUUUUUAUUUUAGAUAGCUAAAUGCUAAAGUAUUUGCUAAAAAAUAGCAAAUGCUAAAGUAUUUGCUAAAAAAUAGCUAAAGUAUUUGCUAUAGUAAACGAAACGGAUACACAUACAACAAAAAUUUUCAACAGAUGCACUCUCUAUAAAAGUAUAACAUUACAAUUAUCGUUUAGUAGUUUUGUAGUAAAGCAGUAAACUGUUAUAAUAUAGAUGUAAAAGAAUAAUGUAAUAAUGAAAAGAUCUAAUUGAGUACUAACA